AUGGAAGAUGUCGAUCCCCUUUACGUGAGUCCAUCCUCGGAGACUGACGAGACGGACGUCCACUCUCUGACCGAUAGAGAAUUGGAGAUACUGACCAACGCGCCGGCCAAGUCCGUGAUCAAAGGAGACUCGGAAACCGAGCUGAUGAAGGUCAUGAUGGAAAAAGUCCGGAACAUCGUCGCGAAAUGGUUCUCCAAGAGACCGAUUAUCGAAAGGAGACGUGUCCUUGUCCUCGGUACCAGAAAUGAUAUCAUGGAAAAGCUAAUCGCCUCGAUGCUAGAAUGGAUAGUGAGCUCGGCUAUCGAUACCUAUUCCACAUGGACCACGUUGUCUGCGAAGAAGAUGAGGCGACGGGUUCAAAACCUGAUUAACAAGAACCUCAUCUUCUGUGCAUUUUUCCCAGACGAAGCAUCUGAGGAAGUUCCUACCAUCGAAGAACCAAUGAAUGCGGGAAUGUUGUGUGGGCUUGAUAUACCAAAAGUGAGGGCGAUUGCUGGCCGACUCUACGAGAGAAUGGUAGGCACAACCGAACACCCUGGCAUUCAUGAAUGGCAAGAUAUCCAGAAAAGCAAUACCAAGUUUCACCACAUCUUUGUGCUUGGGGCCCAUGAACUCUCUGAAGCAUUCGUGGACAUUCAUAACCUCCACCUUCGUAAAGCGCAUGGAUAUUUUUGGCUCCUCUUUCCAGAAACUGAUCUCCCAAGCACAUUAGUUGCAGAAAUCGCCCACUUCGGUUUUCUAAUGCCAGACAGGAAGUCCCUACAAGGUAUAAUCACGGCGAGGAACAGUCCAGUGAGGGAAUCAACCUGGCUUUAUCAAGCCGAGGACUUCAUCAAGAGGACAUACCAUUGGGGAACCGAGAAUACAACUCGCCUUGUCCCUCCGGUGGAGAACAUGGAUGAAUGGAUCGAGACUGCCAAGACCGUUGAGGAAAGAGCGAAGAGAUCCCUCAUUCUACGUCUGCAUCAACUUGGACGAAAAAGCAGAACAUCGAUGUUCAUCACGUAUAACUCAGAUUUUGUCCACCUCAUUGAGACACGGAACGUCGGGGGUGGCAUUGAGGGCAUCCUGCAAUUGGAAGAGCAUGAUGUCGUCCUCAUACACCGUAACUUUGGGGUCAUCUUCAUCCAAUUGAAAAAUCAUGAUGCCGAAGAGGCGAAAAAGGAAGUAGGAAAUGCAACAAAGAAUAUCCAGACUGCUGCAGAACACCUUGAAAUGGAAUUUCAAAGUAUGACAGCUACUAAAACGAAAUUGGAAGCUGCCAUGAGAAAGUGCGGUCUGGAGGAUGCGAACGUGUCUCUUCAUGUAAUAGCAUUCCCGACUCUAAGCAGAGAUCAAGUGGAAGGAAAACAAUUUGGUGACAAUCCUGUCUUCCUCAAUGAAGAAGAUUGCCGUACGGCGGAAGCUCUUGAAGAAUGGUGGCGGAAGCACAUCCUUCAUUCGGAUCAUCUUCAGAGCUCCUCUAUCACAGAGGAAAUGUACAUCAAACUUCUGGCAAUAUUCAUCGCUCCUCUACACGCAACUCCGGCCAACACCGCACGAAUGAACAGACAGAACCUUAGUUUUCUCACCGAAGACAAGCUGAACAUCCUGGUGAACAGAGAGAAGGAGUUCGUGGUGAAAGGAGCAGCCGGGACUGGGAAGAAGUGUUUACUCCAGGAAAAGAUUAGAAACAUCGUCAUGUCUUGGUUCUCCCGGGGACCCAUCGAAGACAAGAACGAGAUGAUCCUCCUGAUCUGUAGGAAUGCUUAUGGCAUUAAUAAAUUGGGGAAGACUCUAUACGAUUUACUGCUCACGUCUGCCAUGACUGUGCUCGGCCAGUGGAUCGAUGGAACAGGGCAAGAGGAGGAAAGUAAGAAGGUCAGGGGAAUUAUAGAAAAGAAUGUAAUCAUCUGCUGCUUGGAUCCCAAACCAAACGCAUCGAAUUCUCAGUUGGAACAAUUGGAAGAUAUAGAUGAUUCCAGAUCUCGAUUGCAGAAGGCAGCCAAGGAUCUUGCGUCAUCCCAGGCUUUGGACUUCGAUGCCGCGAGGAUGAAAAAUGCAAGUUGGGAAAUAUUCUUGUGCUACGAGCUGCUGAAAAGCUGCAUGGUCACAUACGUGCCCCCGUAUGAUGAAAAGAAGGAAUGGUCAGAAAUAAUGAGGAAAGCUAGAAACCUUUUUGAGUUCUUCACCUCGUCAGCAGUUGCAAUGCAGAACUUGAUGCACGACAUUUACGUUUUGCAGGAAGAAAUGGGAAUAGGCUCGAUUGGGCCUCUCAAACUGAUCGGCGCAAGAAAAGGUAUCCAUGUUGCAAUGAUGACCCUCUUGAUAUCUCUGAAACAAAUAAAUGCUCAACUGGGGAUUCUUUCUGAAAGGACUCGGUAUGCCAUACUGGAGAAUCUGAGCGUGGUCCUAAAAACUCAGAAACCGGCAUUCGACCACGUCUUUGUCGACGACGCAGAAAAAUGGUGCCAGUUCUACGAUGACCACUGGUUGACCAUGCUCCGAUCCCUCCAUAAAGAGGGUAGAGGAUGUUUCUGGUGGGCAUAUGAUCCCCUUUCUUAUGAUGUUGACAAUUUGACGGAUUCCUUAAAAUCGGAAGUAGAAGGUGCUCAUCCUUUAUAUGCAAUCUUGAGGAACACGGGAUCCGUCUUCGAGGCGUGGAUUCGCCAUAAAAUGCCACUCGGGAAACACGACAACACGGCAUUUUCCACCACUCGCGACUUGGAGUAUGACAUUGGAAAAAUUAAGUUAGAGUCCCCUGUACGGGGGCCUAAGGUGGAAAUAUUUCACGUUACCCUCUUUGAUCUUGCCGAGAAGAUUGUGAAGAUUGUGGAGGAAAAGUUUCCGCACGCUAAUCACAAGCAGGAUAUAGCCAUCAUCUUCGCCGAUAUGUUGGAUUUCAGAGGCUUUGGACUAUCGUUCGUGAGUGAAGUCGAAACUUAUGGCAAUAAGAGGUACUUUGCAAUAGGUCCUGCUGAAUUUUUUCAUGGUCUCGAGGCCCCCAUCGUGUUCUUGAUUAUUGACAGGAGAUGGAAGAAGAGUAACCAUUUGUACCAUGGUGCAUCAAGAAGCACUUCCCACCUCUUUAUACUCGCCUUCGAGAGCAUGGGAGAAGAAGCAGUACUGAAGAGACGCGUCGACGAGAGCCUCCGUCUUUUCUGCCCGGAUGAACUGCCCGAAGUAAUAGAGGAUCCACUUCGUACGGCCGUUCGCCAUAGCCUCUUACGCCACAGUCCGAAACCUAUUAUAGAAAUGUUGACAAGGAUCGCAAUUGCAAGGCAGGCAUCGAAGGAAGCCAGCUAUUUUCCUCAGCUGCCGGUUAUCACGAACGAAGAGGGGUGCAGAGCGACUCUCCGUUCCUGGAAUAUACGAAGCAUGGACUAUGGAACGUUGGGCCUAGUGAGUACAUGGAUCAUCACCGGUCAAGCGAUCUUUCCUCAGGUUGUUCUUAUAGCGGAUAGCCUGGAGAUUCAAAAUCAAAUGGAUUGA